AUGGCCAACAAAGUCGACCGCAUCGUCGCCCGGCUGCAGGAAAAGAUCACCGAUGGCGACUUUUACGAAGCGCAGCAGCAGACGCGAGUCGCCGCCUCCCGUUACAUCAAGACGCAGAACUGGUCUGCUGCCAUCGACAUUCUCUACAGUGUCGCGCAGUCGCUGCUCAAGGCCCAGCAGGGCGGCAGCGGAGGGGACCUGUGUGCCAUGAUGUUGGACGUGUAUAAGCAGGCUGAGCUGAAGCCUGAUGCGACGAGCAAGGGGAGGCUGUUGACGUGUUUGCGGCUGUUUGAUCCGCUGGAGCCUACGAGGAAGAAGUUUAUCACUGAGAGCGUGGGAUGGUCUGCCAAGUUUGGCGAAUACCCUGCUGGCGAUCCUGAAAUACAUCAUGUUGCCGGUUCACUAUACGCAGAAGAACACGAGACGUACGAGGCCGAGCGACACCUGGUAUUGGGAACCAAGGACUCUCCCGAAGUACUAAUCAACAUGGAGUACGCCUGGUACAAAGAGGGAGACGCCCAUAUGGCACCGCACUUUGCAGCACGAGCCGUUCUACCCUAUCUCCUUGUCGGUAACGUCCGCGCCGCUACCGCAACCUACCGACUCUUCAUCAGCGCCCUCACAAACGACAACCCAGCCCUCGGCGUCCAAGAUGUCUCCAGCAACACUUCCGACAUUCGAAUCUUCCCCAGCUUGCCGCUGCUCAACUUCCUGGGCCUGCUGCUCCUGGCCAUCCAGCGAGGCGCCCCCGAAGUCUACAAGGGCCUGAUUUCCAAGUAUGCGUCGCAGAUAGAUGAGGCGGAGGCGUGGGCGGAGCCCCUAGAGAUGAUUGGCGAGAUGUACUUUGGCAUUCAGAAGCCGAGACAGAGCAAUCCCUUGAUGGAUAUGAUGAGCGGACUGUUUGGUGGAGGCGGAGCGGCGCCGCCCCAGCAGGCACGACGACCGGGGCUGCAAGCUCCUGCUGCUGAGGGGCUCGACUAG